UUCUAAAUGUAUUGUAGAACGGAAACAUGCUCGGACAACAGGAAGAACGUCCAGUAUAAAUCAGUCAAAAUGAUAUGUCAGUCGUAGUGGGCAAGAGAAUGUUUGCCAUUUUAGCUUUACAUACAGAGCAACAAAGGAUGUUACUAAUGUUUUUGUUUUCAAAAUAUAUCUUUUCCUUAUUGAUAGUGUACUUAAGUUUUAAACAUCACUGCCAAUAAGCAAUCAAUAGAGGUAUUUCAUUGGAAAAUUGAAUAUAAAAACCCGAAAUGACAAGUAUAUGCAAACUGAAACACGCUACUUAAUGUUAUUCUGGAUUGGAGGUAGUGCUUUUCCUACAAUUUAUAAAAUGAGAACAGAAAGAAACAUGGAGUCUGGAGUAUACAAUUACUAGUGACUAUUUUCUUGUAUACUCCGCAACAUAGAUGCAUAAUUCAUAUUUUUCUUCUUCUUUUUAUCUAAAUCAGAUUUGAACCUAAAUUCUUGUCUGAUGGCAAGAGACUUGAAAUCCGAGAAUAACUAAGCGACACAUACAGAAUUUAUGUUCUAUUUUAUAAGACGGGCAUUAAUCUCUGUUUUAUCAUCUGAUUCGGAUAUUGUUGGAUCAAAAUGUUUGUGGUAGUGGGAUCAAACUCUUAACUACCAAUAUAUUCCCUAUGUGAUGGUAAUUUUAGGGGACUACCAAUAUAUUCCCUAUGUGAUGGUAAUUUUAGGGGAUUUUUCCUAAAUGGUGUUCGCAUUGGUUUGUCAUCUACUAAUAUGUCGUAUUUGGCAUUUUGUAUUUCGUGAAGACAAAUGACCGAUAUCAAUGAUAGAUUGGUAUGUACAUGAUACAUGUCUCAGUCAUUUCCUAAUAUAACAUUUUUUUGCUAAACACAAAAACUACCGUAACAUACAUAUGGCCCAGAUAGAUUGGUAUGUACAUGAUACAUGUUUCCGUCUUUUCCUCCAGGUCAGAAGCUCUUACUACUUGUUGCUGUCACGCUAAUCCUGCAGCAUAGUACCACCGUUUAUGGGUCUGGGUCUUCUGAGAGCAUCAACACGGCACGGCCUGGCUGCCCAGACAAGUGUGGUAACGUCAGCAUCCCGUACCCGUUCGGCACUGGAAAGGGCUGCUUCCAAGAACCCUUUAAUGUUACAUGCCAUGAGAACAGGGCAUAUCUGGCCUCAACCGGAGUUAGGUUACUAGACAUCAAUCUUAACUUUGGUGAGGUUCGUGUUCAGAACCCAAAGAUAGCAUCACAAUGCAAUUACACCAACGGCACUAAUAGCACCAGUUUUGUUGGCUUAAGUCUUGAUCCUUUUCAUAAGGUUUCCAACACCAAGAACCAGUUGAUAUCGAUCGGGUGUAGUAUGCUUGGAAUGAUCCUAGGAGUGACCAAGGGCAAGAACCAGCUUGAGUUGCCCAUUGUCAACUCAUGCUUUUCAUUCUGCACUGACGCAAGUAACGUCGAUGAUAGCACAGAGUGCGCUGGCAUGGGUUGCUGCCAGACCCCCUUUCCAGGAAACAUCAGCUCCUUCAACACCUCAUGUACACCAAUACCACCUAUAUACAAUGCUAGCAUCCAGUCUUUUAGCCCAUGCAGCUACUCAUUCAUCGCUGAGGUGAACUCGUUCAAGUUUGAUCGUUCAUAUGUCAGCUCUACAAAUUUCAGAAGUAAAUAUACUGAGGGGUUUCCUUUGGUACUUGAUUGGGUUGUUGGCAAUGGAAGUUGUUCGGAAGCCACCAAGAUGGGGUCACAGUAUGCCUGUCAAGCCAUGAACAGCCAAUGCAUUAAUGUGUCCAAUGGCCCUGGUUACCGCUGCAACUGCUCUCAAGGUUAUGUGGGCAGUCCUUACCUACAAGGAGGGUGCCGAGACAUCAAUGAGUGUGAACCUCCAAACCAGUCUUUGUAUCCUUGCAAAGGUAAUUGUAGAAACACCGAUGGGAGCUACACCUGUUCAUGCCCAUCAGGAUUCAGGAGUGAUGAUCCACAGAGCAUACCCUGCGUAAGAGCUGACCCAAAUAAAGCUCUGAAGGUGGCCUUAGGCACAUCCGCUGGUGUCGUCUUCCUCAUGGUUUGCAUGUUUGCUCUACGGGCUGAAUAUCAGAAAAGGAAGCUGGCAAAAGAGAAGGAAAGAUUCUUCGAUCAGAAUGGUGGUCAGAUACUGUACCAUCAAAUUAUGUCAAAACAAGUCGAUACAUUGAAGAUAUUCACGCAGGAUGAUCUGAAGAAGGCUACAAACGAUUUUGACAAGAGCAGAGAAGUGGGCAAGGGGGGUCACGGCACUGUCUACAAGGGCAUUCUUAAGGAUAACAAGGAAGUAGCCGUGAAACGCUCAAAGAUCAUGAACGUGGCCGAAACUGACGAUUUUGUGCAGGAGAUUAUUAUACUUUCACAAACCAACCACCGAAAUGUGGUCAGGCUUUUAGGGUGCUGCUUAGAGGUGGAAGUUCCGAUGCUGGUCUAUGAAUUCAUCCCGAAUGGCACUCUCUUUCAUUUUAUCCAUCGUAACUACGGAAGUCGACCUCUCUCACUGGACACCCGUCUUAGGGUCGCUCAAGAAUCUGCUGAAGCACUGGCGUAUCUGCAUCUGUCCACGAACCGCCCUAUAGUACACGGAGAUGUUAAGUCUAUGAACAUUCUCUUGGACGAGAACUACAUGGCGAAAGUGACCGACUUUGGGGCGUCAAGGAUGCUCCCCAAGGAUGAGGUUCAGUUCAUGACAUUGGUGCAGGGCACCAUGGGUUACCUGGACCCUGAGUACCUGCAGGAGCGGAAGCUAACAGAGAAGAGCGACGUUUACAGCUUUGGCGUUGUGCUGCUGGAACUGAUCACGGGGAAAACAGCCAUCUACCACGACGGCUCCAUGGAAGCCAAGAACCUCGCGUCGUCCUUCCUGCUCGCAAUGAAGGAUGGGAGCCUUGAUGGCAUCCUGGAUGCGAGCAUAGUAAGCACAGGGAUGGAGAUGCUGCUGGUAGAAGUUGCCGAGAUGACAAGUAUGUGCUUGAGCACCAUGGGGAAAGAGAGACCUUCCAUGACCCAGGUGGCUGACAAGCUAAAGGCUCUGCGAAGCACCUGGAGGGAGAAGCUGGUGCUCGAGCAUGGCAAAUCAGAGUGUCUGAUCAUUGGCUCCUCGCCCACACCUUUAAUGCUUCGUGUUCCUCCGCAGUCGAGCAUGUUCUCGACUGGGGCCCAGAUAUCUGAAGUAGGUAUAGAGACACCUAGAUGAUAGUUUCAAUUGAUUAUUACACCAUGCGAGUAGUAUUGUGAAGAGUGUUUGAGGCCUGGCGCUUCUAGUAUACUAUCUGUUUAUCUAUUUUUUUAGAAGUAUACUAUCUGUAUUUGUCGUCUAUUUGUGACGUUAAUGUAGAAGUUGGAAUUGGUUGUCACAACAUUUAUAGAAUGGUUUUGUUUAUGUUGGUUA